AUGAGAAAAGCUUUGCAUUUUCAUUCUUUUUUUGAGCCAACACCAUGGCAUAAAACUCUAAAAAAAACAUUGCAUUUUCAUUCUUGUACUUUUCUUGGCCCUAAUCUUCCUGAUGUUUGGACUCCUAAAGAGAACAACACUUCCCCUCAUACCCUUUUGCCACAAAGUUUCCAAUGGACUAAUGAUGGUGAUAGUGCUACAAUCCUUGAAGGUAAAGCAAUUGCUAAAGAGAUAAAGUUGAAAGUGGCUGAUGAGAUAAGUAAGAUGAAGAGUGAGAUUGGGAAGUUUCCUAGAUUGGCUGUGGUUUUGGUUGGUGAUAGAAAGGACUCUCACACUUUCAUUCAUGUUAAGAAGAAAGCUUGUGAAAAAGUUGGAAUAGGAACUGUGGUUUCUGAGUUGCCACAAAGUUGUAGUGAAAAUGAACUGCUUGAUGUUGUUUCUGGUUUCAAUGAUGACCAAGAUGUGCAUGGGAUAGUUGUGCAACUUCCUCUACCUCAGCAUCUCGACGAGGAAAGAAUCAUGAAUGUUAUUCGUCCUGAAAAGGAUGUGGAUGGAUUUCAUCCUUUAAACAUAGGAAACCUUGCGAUUCAAGGAAGAAAACCCUUCUUUAUACCUUGUGCCUCAAAGAGCUGCAUUGAGUUGUUACAUAGGCAUGGUGUUGAAAUCCGGGGGAAAAGAAUUGCGAUAAUUGGAAGAAGUAAAAUUGCAGGGUUACCAACUUCAUUGCUAUUGCAGAGGCACCAUGCAACAGUGAGUUUGUUACACGCGUACACGAAGAAUCCUGCACAGAUAACGUCUGAAGCGGACAUUGUCAUCGCGGAUGUUGGAAUCCCGAACAUAGUUCGUGGCGAUUGGAUAAAGAAAGGAGCUGUGGUUAUUGACAUGGGAACAAAUCAAGUUAAGGAUUCCAACAGCGGAGUCUUUCGUGUCACCGGAGAUGUUUGCUUCGAAGAAGCAGUCAAGGUGGCAUCGGCCAUUACACCAGUUCCCGGAGGCAUAGGACCAGUUACAAUAUCAAUGCUCCUGUCGAACUCACUUGAUUCGGCGAAACGUGCAUUUGGAAUAAAUUGA